GCUUCAAAACUCCCGAUUCCGUGAGCACGUGUCGGCCAUGUUGUGCGGAAAAAAGAAUACAAAUUGAAUAAGUCAGCUGUCAGGUGAAAGGACAUUACGGUGAGAAACCGGGAGCGUGAUAUUCAAAUAUUCUGCUUUAACCGUGGUAAUAAUAAUCAGAGCAAUUCACAUCCACCGAGUUAUUGUGCCCCAUUUCUCAAAUAUGAGUCACAUACUACACAUCGAGGUCUGUCAACGGAUUGACAGUCUGUUGUCUACCGAGGAGAUAAACAAAGAAGUACAAGAUGAGUUGAAAAAGUUGAACACUCUGGACUUGUGCUCACCAAUUAUCGGGAAACAUUGUUCUAACAAUGUAUUGAGGGAUCAUGUUGAAACCAUAUCAUUUUAUCGCAACAUCAACGAAAGCACACAUGUAAGCUUAAAUGAGGGGAUGGAGCUUGAACUACAUGUGUAUAGAUUACAAGAAGAAGAACCGGCGAUGGAAACAAUUUGUGAUGGUGAUAACAAUUCAGAUGAAUUACCCGUCGCUACUCACUGGGUUUUACCAUCGUUAGAUUUUAAAGGCUUGUGGGAAAGUCUGUAUUAUGAUUCUGACGUAAAGGAAAAUUUACUUAGUUUUGUUGAAACUACAAUAUUAUUUUCGGACCGUCAGAUAGAUGCUAACAUUAUAAGCUGGAAUCGUGUCGUACUUUUGCACGGACCUCCAGGAACUGGUAAAACCAGCUUGUGCAAAGCUUUGGCUCAGAAAUUGGCUAUCAGAUUUAACGAGCGAUAUGCUCACUUUGCUCUGGUAGAAAUAAACAGCCAUAGCUUGUUUUCAAAGUGGUUUUCUGAGAGCGGCAAAUUAGUAAUGAAGAUGUUUGGUGAGCUGAAACAAUUACUCGAAAAUCCAAAUGCCUUGGUUUGUGUAUUGAUCGAUGAAGUAGAGUCCCUGGCACACGCACGAAAGUCUUCAGUCUCAGGAACAGAGCCGAGCGAUUCUAUUCGUGUUGUAAAUGCCUUACUCACUCAGUUGGACCAUAUUAAACGUUACCCGAAUGUUCUCAUCUUGACUACCAGCAACGUGACUGAGGCAAUUGACUUGGCCUUUGUAGACCGAGCAGACAUCAAACAGUACAUAGGGCACCCGAGUGAAAUUGCUAUUUACAAAAUUUAUCAAUCGUGCAUCAAAGAGCUGAUCAAGGCACAAAUAAUAGAAAAUGAGGUUAUACUUGACAUAUCGCAUUUAAAAGCGAAUGGGUAUGAAGAAAAUUGUACUACAAGGCAAAGUCUGAAACUGCUUGAACUGAGCCGUGAAAGUGUUGGAUUAAGCGGUCGUGCAUUGAGAAAAAUACCGUUUCUUGCUCACAGUCUUUACCUACGCACCAAAACCGCGAAUUUGUCGCAAUUUCUUAGAGCUAUGCACUUAGCAGUUACGAAACACAAAGAGGAUGCCCUGGAACAAACCUAUUAAUAUUCCGUAAAGUCCAUACUAUUUUUGUAUCAUGGAAUUAUUGCAUAACUAUUAUCACCGUUAAAUUACUUCUUUUUUAAGUUUUACAACAUAAUUGAUAAUGUACUUUUAACACACACAGGUAUUACAAUUUAAGAAGAUAAUAUUUACUUAGAUUAGCUGUACACUUUGACAUUUAUGAAACGCUACAUUGACUAUUUAAAUAAUAAUAUAUAUUCCUACCAAAACAACCUUUCAUUCCGUUUAUU